CAAAAAACAUCGUGUUUUCCCACCAUUGUUUUAAUUUCCAUUCACCUCUUCCUUAUCGCCCAGAAUGGCUUCCUGGAGAGCAAUUUUUGCUCCGCUCUUCAGAAGCGCCGCAAGGUUCUCCGAGAGUUUCGCUGCCAAUUCGUGCAGAGUUUCCUCCAAAUACCCACUGUCUCGCAAAUCAAAUGUCUCAAGUCCUAUAAUCAGCUCCAUUCGGUCGAUGGCCACCUAUGAGAGGAAGAAGCCCCAUGUUAAUAUCGGUACCAUUGGACAUGUCGAUCACGGAAAGACUACUUUGACCGCUGCUAUCACGAAACAUUUGAGCGGGCCCGUGGUAUCACUAUAUCGGCCGCCCACAUUGAAUACGAAACCGGUUCCCGUCAUUACUCCCACGUCGAUUGCCCCGGACACGCUGAUUACAUCAAGAACAUGA